UCCUUGAGCAGCCAUUGCUUUCCUUUUCCUUCUUAUCUCCUCUAUUCACUCCAAUACAAUGUGUAUCCUGCAGAGCCAUUUUCCAAGCUCCAUUCAACAAAGUUAGACCUAAUGAAAGUUUGAAAAUGAAAAUAGUCAUUUAACAAAAUUGACCAUCCUCUUCUAUCAUCAAGUCUUUCCUCUUGUUACAUUUUUAGAUAUUCAGUUCAUCUACGAGCUUUGAUCAUCUCUGCAAGUGAACAAUAUGGCUGAAGCUGUUCUUCAACUUCUGCUGGAGAAUUUGAGCUCUUCCGUCCAAAGGGAGCUUGGAUUGCUCCGGGGUGUUAAUCGAGAAAUGGAGAAACUGUCGAGCACGCUAUCCACUAUCCAGGCCACCCUUGAAGAUGCUGAGGACAAAAGAAUCAUUGACAAGGCAGUGGAAAACUGGUUGAGGAAGCUCAAAGAUGCGGCUUAUGUUGUAGAAAAGAUCUUGGAUGACUGCAAAACCGAAGCGCUGCGAUUAGAGUACUCCGAAGGCCGCAGCUUUGGAUUGAUCAGCAAGGUACGCAAAUCUUUCUUAUUAGUUAGUAAAUUUCAUUGGAAGAAUAUUUUGUUCCGCCGAAACAUUGGAACCAGAAUGAAAGCAAUUCAAGAAAGAUUAGAUCAAAUUGCCCAAGAGCGGUUGAACUUCCAUUUGCGUGAAACGGAGAUGGAGAGGCAACCUAACAAGGCCAUGGAAUUGCGCCAAACCGGUUCCAUUUUGACUGAACCAGAAGUGUUCGGAAGAGACGGAGACAGAGAAAGGAUUGUUGAGUGUAUGGUGAAAAACUCCAAUAACUCUGAGCGUCUUUCAGUUUACCCUAUAGUUGGUAUGGGGGGCAUAGGAAAGACAACGCUUGCCCAACUGGUUUUCAAUGAUAAGAGGGUAGUAAGACAUUUUGAUCUGAAGGUAUGGGUUUGCGUUUCUGAGGAUUUUGAUGUGAAGAGGCUAAUACAGGAGAGUAUAGAAUCUGCAUCUGGAAAUGCUUGUGAAGCCUUAUGCUUGGAUCCUCUUCAGAGGCGCCUUCGCCACAUACUGAAUGGAAAAAGGUACUUGCUUGUACUUGAUGAUGUAUGGAGUGAUGAUCAAGAUAAGUGGAGGGAGUUAAAAUCUGUGCUAGAUUGUGGAUCCAAAGGCAGUUCUAUAGUCAUUACGACUCGUCUUGCCAAGGUUGCGGCCAUCAUGGGCACAAUUUCAGCACACUGCCUAUCGGCUUUGUCAGAAGAUGAUUGUUGGGAAGUGUAUAGGGAACGGGCAUUUGGAAAUAAUGGAGUGGAAGAGCGUCCAAACAUUGUUGCAAUGGGCAAGGAAAUUGUGAGAAAGUGCGGGGGCGUUCCUCUGGCAGCAAUGACUCUGGGUGGUCUAAUGCGCUUCAAAGUUGAGGAAAAUGAAUGGAUUUUUGUCAGAGGUAGUAAAAUUUGGAACUUACCACAAAAAGAGAAUUCCAUCUUGCCUGCCUUGCGAUUGAGUUAUUAUAAUUUGCCAUUGCAGUUGAGACGAUGCUUUGCCUAUUGUGCAGUCUUUCCAAAGGAUGCUAAGAUUAAGAAGGAAAAAUUGAUGAAUCAAUGGAUGGCUAAUGGCUUCAUUUCAUCAAAUGGAAAAUUGGAGCCAAAAGACGUAUAUAAUGAGGCAUGGAAUGAAUUAUACUGGAGAUGUAUUUUUGAAGAUAUGAAGAAUGAUGAUUUUGGAAAUAUCAGAUGGUUUAGGAUGCAUGAUCUUGCGUAUGAUCUGGCACAAUCUGUUUUGGAGGAUGAAUGUCCAGUGAUCAAGGAUGCAGAAUCAAUUAAUAUCACAAAAAGAACUCGACAUGUUACAGUGAUAGCUGAGCACUUGGAUACAAUUCCUGAAGCUUUAAACAAAGCUGAGUCCUUGCAGACAUUUAUAGUGAAAUUCAAACUAACCAACCCUCAAAGAUUGAUCUUUGAUGAAGCCAUUGUGCAUAAGAUGUUUUGCUGCUCUAAUUUUUGUUUCUUAAGAGUGUUGGAUGCCAGAAAGUCUCUAAUGACCACGUUGCCUCCUUCCAUUGGCAAUUUAAAGCAUUUAAGGUACUUGGACUUUUCUUACACGGAUAUCACAAAGCUUCCUGAGUCACUUUGCAGCCUGCUGAAAUUGCAAAUUGUGGCUCUAAAUUGUUGUUGGUUACUUCAGAUAUUACCCAAGAACCUGACACGUGUCAGAAAUAUGAAGCAUCUUUACCUCACAGGUUGUGAUAGUUUAGCUCAUAUGCCUCCCAAAAUUUGACAGUUGAGUUGCCUUCAGACACUGAGCAGAUUCAUUGCAGGCAGUAGUAGAGGCUGUGAACUUGAUGAGUUGCAGUACUUGAAUCUUGGAGGAGAACUAGAAAUCACACACCUUGAGCGAGUGGGGAAUCCAACAGAAGCUAGGAAAGCCAAUCUGGCUGGAAAGCAAGACCUUCACUUCCUCUCAUUGUUGUGGCAGAAUACUGACGAAUCUGAUGUGCAAGACAUUGUGGAACAGGUACUGGAGGCCCUGGAAUCUCACCCAAAUCUUCAAAAGUUGUAUAUAGAAGGCUACAAGGGUAACCAGUUACCACGCUGGAUGAUGGAUCCAGUUCUUGAAAAUUUAGUUGAUAUUACACUCUCCGCCUGCCAAAACUGUUCACAAGUUCCACCAUUCGGUCAAUUUCCAUCCUUGCGAAGCCUUCGCGUAAGAGGAAUGAAUCAAGUAGAGUGCAUUGACAAUUACCAAUUCCAUGGUGGGGGUGCAGCACUGAUACGAUUCCCUCGUUUGGAAAGCCUUGAUAUAGACAGAUUGCUAAGUUUGUUGAGAUUAUCAAGGGAGGAUGGAAGACAUGAUGAUCUAUUCCCUCGUCUUGCUCACUUGAGCAUUUCAGAAUGCCCGAAAUUGAUCUUACCAGCAUGCCUUCCGUCACUAAAAGAGUUACAUGUUUGGGGAUGCAGUGAGGAGUUGCUUAGUUCAAUCGCAAAUUUUAGUAACCUGACUUCUCUAGAAAUUUGCAACAAUGAUGAAGCAAUUUCUUUUCCAGAAGGGGUGCUGCAAAACCUAAAUUCUUUAGAGAUACUGCGGGUUGAAAACUUCACAAAGCUUGAGAAGUUGGGGGAUGAGCAAGUGCUACAAGGCUUGGAAUCGCUUCAGGACCUAAACAUUGGAGGUUGUAAUGAAUUGAAAUCUUUGUGUGAGGGGCUAUGCUACCUCACUUCCCUUAAGAUUCUGCAUCUUCAUAGUUACCCUGGGCCGGUAGAUUUGCCGGAGGGGAUCGGGAUCCUCAAUUCAAUUGAAAGUAUAUGCAUUGGGAAUCAUCCUAAUCUGGUGGCUUAGCCUAAUGCCUUACAACAUGUCCCCGCACUGGAAUCUCUACAAGUGGAGAACUGUCCAAAACUAGCAUCGCUGCCCGAUUGGCUUGGUAACCUCACGUCUCUUCAGCACUUGCGGAUUGAAGGGUGCCCAAAGCUGGCAUCACUUCCGCCAAGCAUUCAGUGCCUAACUCGACUCCAAAUUCUAGUUAUCAGCGGAUGUCCUGAAUUGGAGAGGCGAUGUGAGAAGGGAAGGGGGCAGGAUUGGCCCAUCAUAUCCCAUGUACCAAGGGUCUGCUUCCACUUAGGAUAAAUUUCUGAUUCAUUGAUUGAUUGUUUUUUCGUAAGUAGUAGUUAGUAGUGUAGACAAAUAGAACUUUUAACUUGCUUGGGCACGUCUUGAAGAAAUGAAUCCUGCCCUUCCUAAGUAACUGGUGGAUUGUUCUGAAAUUGCAUUGAUUUUCUCUCGAUCCCUCCCAAGGAAAAUCCCGAAUUGGAUCCCAAAUUGAUGGGUUAGUGUGGGCUUAUCCAUGCGGUUAUGCACUCUUCGAAUAGGAAUCCAUUUUCUAAAAAAUCCUGACUUUCGUGCCAUCAGGCUUUCGCCCAUUGCGGAAAAUUUCCCACUGCUGCCCCCUUAGGAGUUUGGGCCGUGUCUCAGUCCCAGUGUGGCUGAUCAUCCUCAAAGGUGCUUGGUAGUUUUACUUUCCUUGAAGUCAAGUAAUACAAUUGGUUUCUCAAAGGUGCGACUCCUCUUUGGAACAUGUUUGAUACGAAAAAGCUUUACAAUGGACUCUGUAUAUCGCCAGUUAAUAUCAACCAACAUGUUAGUUUCUUUACACAGAAAUAUUUGGGAGGAAUGCUCACUUCAUGCAGGACAGCAGGACUUGGAACUCAAGCCAACUAUAUAGUUCUACCGUGCACAAUGAGCUUGCACAAUGCCCACUGACCAUAUGUGUGCAGAGUAUUGAUUUGACGUAUUUGCUGCUAGCUAAUAGGAGGAAGUGAGCCUUGAGCUUUAUAUAAAUAUUAAUCAAAUUAAUAAAUAUCCUAAUAUGAUUAAU